AUGAACAAAGCUCCUUCACUCGAUAAAGAAUCGUCUUCACAGCCUCCAUCCAAAGCUCGGCCAAUAUGGUCAACAUCCAAAACAGCAAGUACCAAUUGUCGGACCAGUAAGCGUCUUGGGGAUAAUUUGUCAGACAUUUCCGACACCAACAGUAGCACGACCAUUUCUGCAGACCCUGGCCAACAUCGAAUGGUUGUGGCAAUUGACUAUGGAACUACGUUUUCUGGAAUAGGAUAUGCUAUCCACGAUAACAGCCGUCCGGAGCUCGCCAACAUCCGCAUGGUAACGAAUUGGGGAGUGAACAUGGAUAAUGACGUGAAAAUCCCAAGCGUUAUAUCAUACUCCCCAUGUACCGAUGCGGAUGAACAGCAAUUUGGCGCGAGCCUCAGUCCAGACGCAGUAGCAAUGGUCAAUACCAAACUUGAGCUCGAAGCACAAGACACACGGUUAGACGAGCUCGACCUGAUCAUACAAGUAUUGGAAGGAACGAAGGACUUGAAUUUCGAACAUGUCAAACGUGCCCAAGGUUACCCAGGUUAUACUUGGAAGGCGCCAGAGGAUAUUGUGACAGAUUAUCUCACGAAGGCAUUUGAGCACUUCGAAAGAGCUACCGACUACUUGACCGAAAUCAAGACCAGCGUUCCCGUGGAUAUCAUCGUUACCGUACCUGUGAGAUGGUCUUAUAAAGCAAAGAACUCUACAUUCAGGGCCAUAAGAAGUGCGGGGUUCAACGAAUUUACUUUCCCCAACUUAGGGAAAUACUAUCUUGUGAUUGAGCCAGAAGCCGCUGCCCUGUAUACAGCACGGUUUCUGAAAGAGCAGGAAGCGGAAUCACUCAAGGAAGGGGAGUGUUUCGUGCUCUGUGACGCUGGCGGCGGCACAGUUGAUGUUAUCUCGUACAAAGUGAAGCAAGUUGAGCCCAGCCUUCAGUUGGAGCAAAUCACGAUACCUACAGGCGCAAAAUGUGGCUCUAGCUUCAUAAAUGCGAAGUUUAAGGAAUGGCUUCGUGGGGUACUUGGGGAAGACAAAUAUAAUGUUCUGGAUUUUCAAAGUGAGGGUGAAAAGAUAAGUGCACUUACAAUGGAGGGAGGCAAGAUGAGACUCAUUAUGCGGGAGUUCGAAAGCCACAAAAAGAGAUUCAAGGGAACAUCUACCGAGAUGAUAUUGGAAUUACCGGAUCCUCUAUACAAAGUUAACAUUCCGGGAAAGAUCGAGCAGGGUGACCUUACUAUUACUAAUGGUGACAUGCGAUACUUUUUUGACGAUUGCAUCAACGGAGUCAUAGAAUUGAUCCAAAGCCAAAUUACACAGGUUGAAAGCAAGAGGCGUCGUGUUAAGACAAUUCUCUUGAUCGGCGGUUUUAGCGAGUCCGCGUUCCUGCAGGAAGAACUGAGUUUUUCUUUGAAGCUGCGGAAAGUCAAGCUCCGCAGGCCGCAAACCUCAUGGUCUGCCGUCGUUCGAGGCGCAGUACUUUAUGGGAUGGAUGUAGCCAACCGCAAGAAUCAAAUCCAGAUGAUACCGUGCCCCAAGAGCUACGGGCUCGUACUGAGCCGCACAUUUUCGAAAAGGAUGCACGACGCCAGGGACAUAUAUACGGACGAGCUCACCAAAAAAUCCAUGGUGAAAGAUCAAUUUGACUGGUUUAUCCUGAAGGGUGACCUACUGCCGGCGAUCGAGAGUCGCACAAUCGAAAGAGACCUAGAGUACAACUUUCCGGAGAACACUCGAAAAGUUUGUAGCUUCCCUAUAUACGAGUAUCAGGAUGAUGACCUCCCUGAUCGAUAUGAAACCGCCCAAGAAGAAGUCAACCAGGUUGGCGAGCUCGCCGCAGACUUGUCGCAUAUUGCAAUUGAAGAAUUCGAAAGACACCAGAGCCAGGGAACUGCGCCGUGUACAUAG